CGUAUGUUCCUUCCUAUUCAAUGUAUUCCUCUUCUUUUACCGUGUUCCAGUUCCAGAUCUACUAUUGAACUCUGUGUAAACAACAGUGAAGUGACUGCAUAUUCAAUUCUUUAUUUCCUCUAUAAUAAAAGGAAAACACGCAGAGGAAAAUGUUAGAAAGAGCAUUAUCAAUGAGAGGAAGAACAACACAAACAACUGAAGAAGAAGGAAUCGGAGGUGGUGGAGUAGGAGGAAAUGAAGAAGAAAGAGAUGAUGAUGAAUCAAAAACAAGAAAGAUUUCAUUAGCAAUGAGAAUAACAAAUCUAAUUACAUACAAAUUUGGUGUAUUUUGGCCAUGUUCUUUCAUUAUUUUCUCUUUUCUUCUUCUUGUUUCUUCUCUUAUUUUUCGUUCGAGGAAUUCUGUUUGUGUUUCGACUCUGGAUUCAAGAAGUUUGAUUGGGAUUGAUGGGUUGGAUUCAGAUUUUGGUACUCUUGGUGUUCCUUGGUGCAGAUCGAAAUCGGGACGAACGGUGGAAUGGACAACGAAGGAUUUAUUAAAGGGAUUGGAAGAGUUUGUGCCGAUCUAUGAGACACGACCAAUCAAGAAUAAUCAGUAUGGGAUGGGUUUUGAUCAUAGUUUUGGACUUUGGUUUAUGACUAGGUGGUUAAAACCUGAUCUGAUGAUGGAGAGUGGUGCUUUCAAAGGGCAUUCAACAUGGGUUCUUCGUCAAGCAAUGCCAGACACACCGAUACUGUCACUUACACCUAGACACCCUGAGAAGUAUCUUAAGAAGGGGCCUGCUUAUGUUGAUGGCAACUGUACUUAUUUUGCUGGGAAGGAUUUUGUGGAUUUUGGAAAUGUUGAUUGGAAGAGUGUGAUGAAGAAACAUGGUGUUACUGACUUAAGUCGGGUUCUUAUUUUCUUCGAUGAUCAUCAAAAUGAACUUAAAAGAUUGAAGCAGGCACUGAAAGCUGGGUUCAAGCAUUUGAUCUUUGAGGAUAAUUACGAUACUGGUACUGGUGAUCAUUAUUCUUUGAGGCAAAUAUGUGACCAAUCCUAUAUUAGAGGUGGUGGACAUAGCUGUUUUCAAGAUAGUGAUGAAGCUAGAAUAAGGGAGAAAAGGAAGAAGUUCUGGGAGAAGGCAGUUGAUGUAGAUGAACUUUGUGGGCCUGGUGAAGCAUGGUGGGGUGUCAGAGGGCAUAUGCGAGGUGAUUUCAACCACACCAACAAGGCAAUAUCGUAUAAGGAGCAUUUUCAAAACAGCAGGUUUGUUGAAUCAGUUCUAGAUGUAUAUUGGGAGCUGCCUCCAGUUGCUGGUCCAUCACUGACACAUCAGACACGAUAUGAUCCUGCACGUUCAGUUGGUCCAGUUGUGGAGGAUGGAAGGUUUGGCUUAUUUCAAAGGUUAGGGUUAAGCAGAUUUGACUCUUCUGUAUUCAAUGGAUACACUCAGAUGGUAUAUGUUCAGAUUUCGCAAUCUAGUCAUUAGGAUUUGUCAUAAAACUUAGGAUCAGUAGAUCUAGCAGAUGCCUUUUCGGUUUUUUCCUUUUUUCCACUUUCACGCGUAAUACAGAUUUUGGUGGUUCACUGAUGUAGUAGAACAAAAUGUUUUCAUUAAUCUUUUGAGAAAAUUACAGAUGCAAUUGAUCGUGUCAA